AACAUGAAGCAGUAACUGAGUGAGUGCUCCAUGAGUGACCAAGUCAAGUGCAGUGCCCUCUGCCCACAUCACCACUAUGCUCAAGACCACGCUCAAGCUCGAUGCUAUCUGCGCCAAACUGUCCAAGGGCGUGUCGGGCCUUCCGCCCCAGGAGGAACCCUGCACGGGGGCCGCCCUUCCAGGUAGCAACGGUUCCCCAAGGUACACCCGCCACCAGGACCAGGAAGCAUCCCGGCCGGACAUUGGCUCCAACCUCAAGACGUUUCACAAUGGCGAUAUUGCGCCCAACUGCAGCGCACAGCUUCCAACUGUUCAAGCAACGGAAAAUAAUGGCUACGUGAUCGAUGAACGGCCAGAAUACAACAGAUUCGUUGAAAGAAAUGGCGGGGACGAUAGCAGGUGCAGUUCGCCUAAAGUUCUCAGUGGUGCCAGCAAAAGAAAGGCACGGCAGCGUGCGACAAGAGUCGCCACGCAGGAAGCAGAUAGUCCGUCGGAUUGGGACGAUGGCUCAAUUAACAGUUUUCAGGAUUGCGAUGAGAGUUUGGACAGUGGUGUAGUUGAUUCGCAUCAAGAUGAACCGGUCAAUGGUCUGGACCAUUGGGAUGAGGAGCAAGAAGAGACCGCAGACAGUGAAUUUACUCAGGAACAUAACCAUGAUGAAAAUAUAUCUAUGCAAAAUAUCCCCUUUACACAUGCAACUAAUCACAAGGCAAAUAAUGGCAAUAAACUAGGACACGAUGACCCUUCUUCUUCCAAAGAGAUGGAGAUCGCUCCUUACAAGGUUGCGGGACAUGAACUACGCACCCGCAGCGGCAGUAAGGUACCUAUUUAUGAUGAAUCUGGGCUUUCAGACGAGGACGUGGCGGCCGAGAAGGCCACCUACGAUCCCCGAGCAAUAAUGGAGUAUGCUGAACGCAGCUGGUGCAAUGAAAACGGUACUGAAAUUGAGGAAGGACUCGAAACCAACGGUGUGGUUUGUGACUUGGAGGAGAGUGGUAGAUCAGCUCAGGGACAGGAAGUGAAGCCACGGCGAAGGAGAGGCAGACCAAGCAAGAGUGAGCAGAUGAAGUUGGUUGAAGAGCGAGAUCAAAGGAUAAUCGAGACUCAAGAAUUAGAAGAGGAAAUGAGAGAACUGCCUCCUCCAGAGCAGGCGGAAGUUGAACAAGAGAUGGAUGAAGUACAGGAAGAGCAGGUGGAGUAUGUUGAUGAUCUGGAGUCAGAGGAGCAAGGAGAAAUGUCCGAAACCCCUGCAUCUCCGCCACCCCCGACGUCAUCCAAGAUGGGUAAGGACGGCCAGAUGGUUCCAGGAGCUCCCUAUGAUGUAGAAGGUCUGGAGGCAGUCAAGGAGUAUGCCACUGACACCAUGAAGGAAUUCCUGGGUAUGUACGGCUACAUGGAGGAAGGAGCUCCUGCAAGGGACGAAGAUCUUCCAAUAGAACAUAUCCGACACAUCUUAGAGUUACAGAGACGGCAUGCGGAGAAGAAGAGGGCUCUGGCCCACCAACGCCUCCAGGAGGCUCACAGGAGUGCUGCCGCUGCCCAUCAUGCUGCAGAGAGAAUGGAACAGGAGGAUGAGGAGGAGAAGGCCAUGGGUUCAGAUCCCAGAUCAGCAUUCAUGAAGCUCGGAGCGGAGGGUGGAUCAGAACCCAAGGACCCCUCGAUGUUGAAAGAGCCAGAUCAUCCAAGGGUGGCACCAAGCCAUGCUGUCCUGCAGCAGCUCGCAGCCCUCCAUCAGCACCUACGCGCCGAAGAAUCCGCCCUGGCUGAAGACAACAGCCCCGCAUCGGGGCAUGACCUGUCUGAUGCAUCGCCCCAUCAGGGCCAGGAUCAACCCCGUCACCAUAGGCACCAUCCAUUGGGUAGGGGCGAGGAACACGCACCUCACCAGGAUAGCCCCUCCCAGCAUGCAAGCUUGAGGGAGCGCAUGGAGUCCUUGAGGGAAGCCGCAGCGGAAGGUGGUAUGUCCGAUCUGUGUGCCCCGCCUUACCCUGGUGUCCUGGCUGCUCAUCUGGAAGGCAAGAUGACGAAUGCCAGGAUGGCAACGGGUAAGACCGUGAAGCAGUUGAUAGAGGAGCAGGAGUUCAUGAGGAACCUCAUGGAGUUGGGAGACCGUCCAGAAGCCAAGAGGUUCUCCAAGUAUGACUACUUCAUCCAGAAACUUGAAGCAGGUAUUAAAAGUGAAAGUAUAUCCAAAGAUGUACCAAACCUGAGGGUAUCCAAGUACGACAGCUACAUUCGGAAGUUGAAGGCAGGCCAGUCAAUCAACAAGAUCAUCGGCCGCAAAGUUAGUGCUUCCCAGCGCAUCAGGGACAUCAUCAGCCAACAGAUCCAGCUGAAGCAGGGAGGCAGCGGUGGCCAUGAUGGUGAACCUGGCUCCAAGGAAGAGGCAGAAGCGGAGGCCAUAGAAGCUGCCAUCCUGGAAAACGAGGGGUUGGCACAGAGGGAGUUUGCAGCCGCUGCGGCUGCUGCUGCUGCCGCGGCGGCCGCAGCUACUGGUUCAGAUCCCCAACUGCAUCUCGAUCCGCAACGUAGUUCCAAUUACGAGUACUUCAUGUCCAAGUUCAACAAAGGGGAGGGUGUACCUCGGUACACUCUAGACGGAGUCACGUCGACAUCCUCCAACUCCAGCACGUCGGCGAUCAGUCCGCCUCCUGGAAUGGACGAUUCAACCGUUGACGACUCUAGGAUGGAGAGGCGUGACGACUUUGCUGGGAUGGACGAGUACAACCCCUCGUAUGAACCAAGAGACAACAUCCUCAAGAAGUGUCUCCUCGAGACUGGGAGGAGUGACCUGGAUUCGGAGGAGGGCAGCGAGAAGGGCAUCAAGUCCGGAACUCUGUCGACAUCGUCUAGCCCUGGACUGGAAGGCAGUGCUUUCAAUCGAUACAUAGCCAGGUAUGACAUAGCCAGGUUUGGUGCUUCCCAGGACUGCGGGCGCUGUUCAUACCAAUUCAAGGAACACUACCACUGUCUGGAUAAAGACUGCAAGUUUGCUAGGUUUACCCGCAAGGAAGACGUCAUACGCCACUACAACUGGCACAAACGACGAGACAACUCGCUCCAGCAUGGCUUCAUGCGCUUCAGCCCCUCCGACGAUUGCCGGCCGUACUACCCCGGCUGCACCUUAAACAUGAAGAACACUCACUACCAUUGUAUGCAGAGCGGAUGCCACAAGGUGUACACCAGCACAUCCGACGUCCUCACCCACGAGAACUUCCACAAGAAGAACUUCACGCUCCUCAGCGAUGGCUUCCAGCGGUUCCGUGCCACCGAGGACUGCGGGACACCGAUGUGCAGCUUCUACGGGCAGAAGACCACCCACUUCCAUUGCCGACGCCCCGGAUGCGACUUCGUCUUCAAGAACAAGUGCGAUAUCGAGAAGCACAAGACGUUUCAUAUGAAGGAUGAUAUCUACAGGAAGGAUGGCUUCAGGAAGUUCUCGAAGCAUGAGUCAUGCAAGUUUGAAGGUUGUCGCUACUCCAAUACUCUCAACCAUUUCCACUGCAUACGCAAUGGCUGCAACUUCACCUUCACGGCGGCCAAUCAGAUGCACUCUCACAAGCGCAAACACGAGCGGCGCCAUCGCAUGAUGGAGUACGAGACAGGCCGUCACUUCAUGCGCUCCAUCCGUCCGAAGAUGAAGCUGCCUCUCCCUCGCAUCAACCCAACCUAUCGAAGCCUCCACAGCAACAGUGCUCCGAUGGGAAUGGGAGAGAAGCCCCUCAUCAUGCCUCCAUGUCCUGCAAUCAUCUUCAAGUCAGACCCUGGUGCUGCGUCGAUAGCUGAGCGUGCUGCCCUUGCCGGUCAGUCCGCUGCUCUAGGAGCCAGCCAGACAUCGCCUCUCGCAGGACAGAUGAUGGCGUUACCCAGUCACUCCGCAUCUCGCCCUGACGUCCAGGCUGUCCAGCCAUCUGUCAUCACCUCAGCACCAUCAUCAUCAGGUACCUCUACUUCCUCCUUGGAGGCCACAUCGUCCAGCCACAGUGAAUUUGACCCUGCAAGAUCCCAUCCUCAAGACAUGCGCAGGGCCACACCCGAUCCUGUCUCUGCAACCUCGGUCAUCACCACUACAACCGCUGCUGCUACUACGACCUCGGCAGAGGGUCACCUUUCUUCGGAAGAGAGUGCAGACGAGAGGCCCAUGGAUCUUCAGAUGUAUGACAGGUACCGCUACCAAGCCCAGGAAGCAGAUCUGGAAUCAAAUGACGAGGACAGACCUACAGAUCUUAGCAUGCCAGAUAGAUCACAGGUUGAGAGAAUGGAGGAUGAAGAAGAGGAAGAAGACAAACUACCCUCGGGCUUCGCCAAAAUAGCCACGAUGGACAACAACAAGGACAAGGAGGGCGAGGACCUCAACGACUCCCUGAACCUGCCCAUCGCUUCCUUCAUCUCACCCCCCAGUCAGGUGACCAAGGGGGAGGAAGGGGGCGAGAGGGAGGAGAGGGAGGGGGAGUCCCGGAGCAGCCCGGUCACCGUGAAGAAGGAGCCCAGGGAUGGAGAGACGAGGAGUGACACAGAGGCUUGGCAGAAAUACUUUAGAAGGUACACUGCUAAUGAUCAUUGCCACUCAUCCUGUGAACUCCUGUACAAAGGUCACUAUCACUGUAUAGUGGACGGAUGUGGAGAAUACUUCAGGUCUAAAGAAGGCGUCAACAAGCAUACAAGGUAUCAUCUUAUGAGCGACGAGGCAGCAGAGCUCGGCUUUCAUUACUACCAGCAUGGUCAGACGUGUGAGAAUACCUUCAAGGGUUGUCCAUUCAGUCCACUAGCACACUACCACUGUAUGUGGAGCUUGAAACCCGGAAGCUACUGCGGUGAGGUCGUCCACACCGGUAGCAGCCUGAUGAAGCCCCAUUAUGAGAGACAUCACCAGAACCCAGAGCUUGAAGUCAUCAGACACACUGAGGCUGAGAAACCUCCAGGGUUCGUUGGAGCACCCAUCGAACAGGCGCACCCCAAGGUGGUCCUCAAGGAUCAAACGAUGAAAUGGUUCACCUCACCACCGCCUGCACAGCCAAACGACAGCGGUUACUGCAAGAUGGAACCCGGGAAGUGCACCAAGCCGGAGUGUCCUCUGGUGGGUCAGAAGCACUACCACUGUACCCGGACGGAAUGCAACUUUGCCACGGAGAGCCACGACAUGCUGCACGACCACAAGAGCAAUGAGAAACUCAUCUUUGACAGCUUCCGGCAGUUCAGCCGCAAGUUGGACUGCCGCCGUCCGGGAUGCAAGUACAACCUUCUGCACAAACACUAUCAUUGCAUGCACCAGGGAUGCCAGUUCUCCUUCUUACAGAUUCAACAGAUGGAGUCUCAUGGCCGCAAGCACAUGCGUCGCAUCUAUGGCAAGUUCUUCAACCGCCCCAACAACAACUCCCCAACGGGACCACAGCAACUAGUCCUCCCUAUUCUACCUCUCAACAAUCACUCCCCACCCAGCAACAUGGCCUCACCUCCUGCAGCCCUCUCCUCACCACCAGGGCCCUUCCACAUGCACCCGACCAUGGUGUCCCUGGCAAGCUCCAGUCCCAUGCACCAGCUUGCCACUUCUUCAAGUCCUGUUGCCAUGAUGUCCCAUGCGUUGCCCAUCAACACGCCGGGUUCUCUCCAGAGCAUGUUCAUGUCACCACCCCCAAGCUCCAUGUCAUCAGUCCUAGCCGUCCCGCAGCCAAUAUCAACACCUAAUGGCUUGAUCAUGGGAGGACCGUCCCCGAAGCCUUCGCAUCAGUUCCUGGUGCCUAUCGCCCCUUUGGAUGCUGAAGACUCGGCUCCAAGCCCGUCAAACCCGAUGAACAGUCCAUCUGGACUACAGGUGCUGCCGAACUUCCAGUUAGGUCGAUGGAAGAUUCGCCAGUCCUCCGUCAUCUCGCCUCCAAGGAUUUCACCUCCUAACCCUCACAAGCGUCCUCUGACGUUGGUCGAGGAGGAUCCUGGGGCGCCAUCUGGGUACAAGCGUUACAAGAGAGGCCCCCUGGAUUCCUCCAUGCAGGAACGGUUUGAACGCUUUGAGCGUAACAUCCACUGUGGUGACAACAACUGCCAGUUCGCCAUGAACACAACUCACUACCACUGCCGCCACACCGGAUGCAACUACAAGUUUGCAGGCAAGACCAUGAUGUACAAGCACGCCCAGCACCACGACCGCGUCGACAGCAUCAUCCAAGACGACUUCCAGCGCUUCAAGGCCUCGGUCAGCUGCGACCGCAGCGAUUGCGAGUACACGGCCAAAAACACUCACUUUCACUGUUUACGUUGCCCGUUCAUUUGCACCGACAGCGGCAAGGUGCCCAUCCAUCGUAAGCAACACGCCAAAACGGAAGCUGUGUCCGCCGCCGGCUUCAAGCAGUUUAGUUCGUCCGAGAAGUGCAUCUCUGGUGAUUGCAAGUAUUCCCAGAAGUACUCCCAUUUCCACUGUCUACGUCAGGGCUGCAUGCAGGCCGUCAUAGGCAUGACACAGAUGGACGCUCAUAGCCGCAAACAUCGGCUCUGAAAAGAACGAAAGACGUGAUCUUCACACUUCAUCUGCUGCUACGAGCUGCUACAUCUUUUCAUUUAUUCAACCAGUGUAAGAAAGCAAUACUUUGUCGAGGUAACUUAUGUUUCAGAGGAUGAACCAGAAUCGUACUGAAUUGACAUACGUAUCUCAAAAUAUUUUGACGUAGAAUGUACUUUGUUGUGUUGGAAGUUUGUCUGUAUUUUUUCUUGUUAUGCAGUGCAGUUUUCAUUUUUUUUUCAUUCAGGUUAUUACAGAUAGGAUCCGAGAAAAUCUCUAGUUCCCCACAUAAAAGAUUUUGCUAUUCACCAUACAUGGGGAAUACUGUAAGGAUUUUGAAUAGUCCUGUAAUCACUCUUAGAUCUUUGUUUCUUUGGGUAGAUGCUCUCAUUAAGGCUGGCAAACAAAAAAAUUGAAGAGUUGAUACGAAAGAUGAAUAAAAGGAGAACAUGUUGUUUGGCUUCCGACAGAAUAUCUCUUGAAAUACUUAUCUUCCUCGCACCUCGGAUUUGCAAUCUUUUAUUUCACCCUAUAGCAGCUGUUUAUAUCAACAUAUCACAAGAUAUGUUGGUGUACUAAAUGAUGUUAGAAGUUAGAAGUUAACAAUUAGACUGAAUUCUUAUUGUUAACAAAUUAUAUAUAUAUAUACAAGUACCAAAGAACAGUUAUAAUUACAUAAUUAGAUAAUUUAGAUUCAAAUAAUUUUCAAUGUGAAAACACAAAUUUAUGAUAUUCAUUUUCAGUCUAUAUGAAAUAUUAUUAAAUUUGUCACACAGUUUACAUGUGACAUCAUUUAUGACAUCACCAAUAAUCAGACGUAGAGUUGUGAACUUGUUUCAUAACUCUUAUAGUAGUACACUUUGACAGGUGUUUUAUUAUACUUACAAUUUUGACAAUUUUUUGCAGUAUUUGUAUUCAUAUUUGACCAUGCGACAGUUGUUUUAAUCCAUCCAUUUACUGGCAACAGUGCAAGAGUAUUACUAUAUAUUACUUGGAACGCAAUUCACAUGUAUUAAUAUUAUUAUUAUUUCAUUUAAAUUAAGUCAGUCCAUCCUUGUUUGCAUUGAUUCUCAGCAUAUCGUUAGUAUUUAUUUCAUAAUUUAUGUAUUUGCAGAUUUAGUGGUUUAUCUGAAAGUUAAAUAGUAAAUUAUAAUUAUGAUGUAUGAUUUAUAUUCUCGUGAAGCUGUUGUAUAGAAUUUAUACUCUAUUAUUAGGACUCAGAUACUAUAAAUUUGUGAAACUGUGAGGUUGUGGUAUAUACCAUAGUGAAUUGAUAUAAGUAUAACUAUAUACGACCUUUCCCGGGGCUUCCUGUAUAGCAAGUCAUGUACACAUCAAUGUGAACAUACAUAUAUAUCAACAGAUUUGUAUUUAUCGUAGUUAGAUAUAAAUGGGGUUUACUAUAAAUGUGAAUGUGUAUGUAUUUUGUGAGAUGGUAAAUGUGAAUUCCAUUCUGGUGAAUAAAGCAAAAGAGAUUCAGUUGGAAAAGUUUUAAUCCCAUACAUCAACAUGCGUAGAUAUUGUCAUAAUUUAAAAUUGCUUGUAUUAGCACAGUGGAAUUCAGAUUUUCACUGGACCAGGUUACACUAAGCUAUUCAUAAGUUACUAACAACUUUAUGCACAACUUGUAAUCCUUUUGGGGGAAUUAUAUACACCCUCGAGAAUGACACAAUUUCCGGUUACUCUCUUUACUGCUUAUACCAGAGUAUUUGGCAAGAAAUUUGCUCCUAGGCAUUUCUCAUCCCCCCCCCAAAAAAAAGAUAAUACUACUAAUAAUAAUAAUGAAUAAAAUAAGAAUUGAUAAAUGAAAUAACUACCAAAUGACCCUUAUAUUUUUUGUAACAAAAAAAAGUUAUUUUUGCCUGUUUUAUGAAAGGGCACAUCCCUGUGCACUCGAGCUCCUUGGAGUUUGUUCUCAUUUAAAGACUUGUCAAUUCCAAUCAUGUAUCAGUUGUAAUUUUCUGUCUGCUUUGUAUUUAAGAUCAAUUAUUUAAUUUGCAAGUCGUGCUUAUUUAACAAAAUGGAAUUCACAUUUACUUUUAUCCAACCUUUUUAGAGGUCAGUAUGCAAUAAGAAUAUCAGACAUUUAAACAACUUCUUUCAGAGAUUAUAUAUCUCCACAACUGCAUUAUAUACUUAUUUGAAUGUAAUUAUAGGACACAUUUAUUUUAGUGCAAACAGUCAAAAUAGCAAUACAAAAUGACAAUUUCUUAUUCAUAAUUUGUUACUUACAAAUAAGUUAUGUAAUCUGGUUAUGUAAAGUUAUGAAUUCUCUUUUCAAGGUAAAUGGAUUUUGGACUGAAAAGAAAGUACAUGAAUGACAAGUGAGAAGAAUAAUCUGUAAUACCGUAAUGGAAAAUUUCACUUUAAUGGGGAUACUUCAAUAAUAAUUUCAAAAUUUAUUGGGAUGCUGUGCUGCAAUUUGUUUUAUUACAUAAUUAUUGCAUAAUAAUCAGAUUCUUCCUUCUGAAAUGGUGAUAUGUUUACAAUUUUACAAUAACUUAAGGUGUCAUAACACUUUCAUCUCUCCAGAUACUUUUAUAUAGCGCAUUCUUGUUUGUAUUAAAAAAAAUAGUCUUGUCUUCUUACCUUUAAUAUUGAAAUACUUCUGUCUUCUUCAUAUACUUCCAUGUCUCUUUGUGUUCCAUACCUUUUUAUGUGUUUUCUAUAUCUUUACUAAAUAGAGAAUAUAUUGUAGUAUUUUAAGGCAAUAACAUUUAUUAGAAUCAGACUGAAGCGAGAAAAUUGAAAAGUCAGAGUUGAUUGAAAAGCUGCAUUCAAGAAAUCUCUUUUUUUUCAUAUCUUCAUUAGUUGUUUGAAAUUUAUAUUGAAAAUAUUGAAAAUGUGCAUCUUUUCUCCUUCCUAGAAUUAUUAGUAGCACUGUUAUCUAGACAGUUGCGAAUAUUGCAAACACUAUAUAUUUCAACCCUUUCGAUUCCUCCAUGCACUUGUUACACUCAUCCUCUUCCUUUGAUAUUAUGUGAACUUGCGUAUUUCUCUGUGGCAAUAAGAAAUGGCAGAUUUUUUAAUGUAUUUUGUCAUUUAUCUUGCAAAGUAAAUGUUUGACUCUAUUUUCUUUCUAGCUGUAUUUUAGAAAUAAACACGUACCGAGUUAUAAAAUGAAACAAUGUAAAUUGAUGUACACUCGAUGCAGAUUUUCCUAAACUCUUGUCUUCGUCUAUCCAUACUGACUAUUGAUCGUCCCUGAAUCCCUUGUGCUUUGUUUCUUCAAACAUGUGUGAUCACUUUGGUUGUAGUCGUUUUCAUUUUUUCUUUUCAUUUUUUCAUGAAAGACACCAUAGCUUUUUUUUUUGUUGACUUGCUAAAUGCAAUCAUUGUAAUUACACAUUCAUAUUCAGAAACCCUUUUCAAUUUAGCCAUACUGGAUGAAUUUAGAAAUGUUUUGUUUUGGGGGUAGAAGUAGUUACAUUGCAACACCCUAGAAAUAUUGAUGUGAGAGACUAUCAUUGAAUAACACUUGAAUAUCAAAAUGUUCUUGGUGUUUCUAUUAACAAUCCCCAUACAGAUAUGUAGACAAUCUUAGCGGCAUCACUAGUCCUAUCAAUUUAGCUGCUUCCUGCUUCUAGACUUCCUUUCAAUGUUUAUUGCAGACUUCAAUCUAUGUGCAUAAUUUUCAGGAAUAUUUAGAAUGUGCUGUGACAAAUAUGGAUAUUCUAAUAGAUAUUUAUAUCAUACACAUCACAAUUAAGAAAGCAAUACAUAUAUAUAAUAAAUGUCAAUGUAUAUAUUUGUAUAAUGUGGAAAGAGUGAAUAUAGUUAACCUUUUUGGUGUGUGGAUAUCUUCAUUUUUUUCAUUAAAAAUAAUAGUCUAGGAAAAAACCUAAAACAGAUAUUUCAUUAUCAUGUAAUAUACAUAGACUGAUAAAGUCUCUAGUUUGUACAUCUAUGUAUCAAGAGUUUUUUGAUCAGGAAAAAUAUGUCAGAGUUGGAAAAAAAAGUAUAUUCAAGCUGUAUUUCAAAAUGGCUUGUUUCUUGGAAAAUGAUGAAUAUAUGACUUAAGAUAAAUGUACAUUAUACUUGUAGCACUAAUGUGAAGUGCAGAUUAAAAUUGUGAAAUAUAUUGAUGCAAAUAAGUGUGUGACUAGAUAUAGAAGUACCUACGGGCAUGUAUAGAUAAAAUGCCUGGUUUCGUUUGUUUCUCUCUCUCUCUCAUUUUUUAAUGAUAUUUUGUGCACAGCGGACAGUUUGACCUCGUGAAUAGUUUCAUUCAUUUAGCAAAAAAGUGUGAUAAUGAUUUGUUGUGUUUGUUAUGUCUGUAUAUUGUUGCUUCUUUAUGAUUUUGUUUUUUGGGUUGAUGUGCAAAGGAAUUCUGCAUUCCACAAGAGAAGCUUUGUUGAAAUUUGCAAAGUUCUCUGAAAUUACUUUUCUAAAUUCACCGCAUAUCACAUGGACAAUCUUGAAUUUCGGCAUUUACAUACUAAAUUUGCCAGCUUAUUACAAAUACAAAUUUUGAAUCGUGUCUCAAUAUAUAUUCUGAACAAACAAUCAGAUGAUGAAAAGAAUUAAAUCAUUCAUUUUGGCUGUAAGAAAAAUCUCUUACAUUGUUGCAGGAGAAAGGGGUGGGGGGUAAUUCAUGUAUUUACAAACUAUUUGAUUGUACUACGUGUACUAUGAAAAAAGAGACAAUAUAAUGUAUUCAUUCAUCUUACAGUAUUAUAUGUUCUGCAUUUGUUUGGCCAUUUUCUUUGAUAUAUUGAAGGAAAAAAGAGAUAAAUCAUUUUCUAUCAUUUUGAAUAUGGGUUUAGAUGUGCAAAAAGAGAUAUGUGUUUAUCUAAUUUUAAUUUAGUACCUGUGUUGUAACAGUACUGUCUAUUUUACCUUUUUUGUUUGUUUUUUGGAAGAGUGGGUGGAUGAUAAACUUACUUUGUAAGAUAUGCAGAAAAUGCUGUAUUGAUGUCGGUUGAUAUUUGUAGAUAAAGUAUUUUAUAAAAAAGGAGAUAUGUAUAUUGUUUCACCAAUUUUGACUAGUGUGUGUGCCAGUGUCAAUAAUUAGCAAAGAAAUUGAUUUUUUUUUUAAAAUGGCAUCAUGGAUAUUUGGAAGAACUUUAGGAAAUGUUUUGAAUAUGAUGAUGUAAUCUUUUUUUUUCCGGUCCUGGACACUUCAAUGCUUUGUAUAUUAUUUGAACGGUGUUUGGCAGGAAUUCUUGAAAAACGGUGCAGUGCCAUAUUGUGGAUUGUUUCAAUUGUUCAUUUUUAAUAAUCGACUCAAUUUUUUUUGCUGUGAAAUGUGUGUAAAGAUUUUGUUUCCGUUCGAGGAUCCUCUUUAUGGGGGAAAUGCCUGUGAUGAUUACAUACUUAGCGGUUUAAUGUAUGGUGUAUUCAGCGAUUGAGAUAAUAAAGUGAUAUUUUGAAAAUGUGAUGUACUAUAAACCAAGUUCAGGUAUAUGAUCCUUAUAUGGAAUAUCUCUACUAUGUCCCAUGUGGCUCUGUUCUAGAAAACAACCUUUCGUGUGUUAGCCGAGUCACGUUGCCAUGGCAAUUCGACAAUUACACCCUCUGCAAUGCAGAUAAUCCUCUAAUAGUAGCAGUGUUCACUCAAACAUUUGUAUUUCAUCACAUUUUGAAUGAUAGAUUUCCACCCACCUCCCACUGUAGUAUUUAUUCUUUAGUUGUUAUCGUGGAUCAUUAAUGACGAACGGCUCGACCGCUUCGCCUAGUGCAAGUUUUCUCUCUAUCUCACUGCUUGGAUGGUGAGGUAUAUGUAGUUAGACGAGUAGAGUCUUUUUAUCAUUCGAUUGGACAGUUGUUAUGUCUUCCUUGCAGUGUUUCCCUUUUUUUUAAUUUGAUGGAGACAAAUAAAAAAAAAUGUUUGAAAAGAA